AUGUCUGCACCCGCCGCGAGAUACAUCGGCGCUUCUUUCGGCGCCUCGUCGUCCCGUGUCGCCCUUGGCCAACCAACGCUAGCACGCAGCGCUCGAGCCAUUUCAACCACUUCCCCCGCGAACAGCAGCAGCAAUGGUCCCUUCAAAGCGACACCACCAGCUUCGGCGUCUCCUGCAGCAGCACCAUCCAAUGAACUCAGCAAUCUUAGUUGGGACAAGUACCUUCAACUGCGCAAAUCGCGUCGUCUAGCAGGCAUGGUCACCACCAUCCCCACCACUCUCCUUGCCGGUGCUGCAGCCGGCUCCUACUUCCUCACGCUCGAAAUCGACCCUACCAACACCAUCGCCGGGCUGGAUCCCAUCUACAUCAACGCGGGUCUCACACUUGCAUGCACCGGUCUGGGCUGGCUUACAGGUCCCACGGUGGGCAACUCGAUCUGGAGCCUGCUGCACAGGAAGAACGCAAAGCAGAUCGCAGAGAAGGACCACGACUUUUAUGAGCACAUCAAGCGUAACAGGGUGGAUCCGACAAGGCAGUCGGUGCAGAAUCCCGUCCCGGAUUACUACGGCGAAAAGAUUGGCAGUAUCAAGCAGUACAGGCAGUGGCUGAGGGAUCAAGCUGCUUUCCGACGAAAAGCGGCGCAUGGGCUCGAGAACGAUGCAUGA